AUGCCAGGGAGGAAGCUCCUUGCUCAACCCCCUCCUCUUCCUGGCACCGAGUCCGGGGGGAGGGCGCGAGCGAGACAGGCGCUGGGGGUGGGUGGGGGCGGAGAGCACCCGCGGUCCCCUGCAGCCUGACCCCCCACCCACCCAGCACCCGCCGCGGCGGGGGGCGCCACCCGGAGCCCCCGGAGGGCGGGGACAAGUUGGAGCCUGCGGCGGCGGCGGCGCAGCAGCUGGGGAAGGGGCAUCAUGAACCGAGGUAAGUGCCAAGGGGGCCCCGGGCACUCUCGGCAGCAGCCGCGCCGGGUGGCGCACUGGGCACGGGCACGGGGACCGCCAGCGCCCGGAGCCGAGCCCCUGGCCCACCCUCGCCCACCCCGCCAGCUCCUCUUGACAGUUCAAACUUCUGCCGGAGUUAUGGGAGCUUCGCCUUCAGAGCGGGGAGGUGGGGGCAGAGAAAAGGCGACUGGGCGGCCGCCUCUCGGAGGGCAGCUUUCCCUGCAGCCAAGGGGGAGAAGCCCGGAAUGAAAUCUGGCGGCGAUUCCAGCAGGCACCUUCCCACCCACCCAAAAUCCGGAUGCACGCACGAACUGCUAAGGUCGGAAAGGGGUUGGCUGCCCUCUGCCUCCCUUGAGGUGGAGGCGGUGUCCAGGCCUCACUCUGCCCAAUUCAGCUGCUGCUGCUGCUGCUGCUGCUGUGGUGGAGGCAAGAGUAGGGCCAACACUCUUAGAAGCACCGCCCCUAGUUUUGAUUCCCCCCUCCCCACUUUUCAGACACCCAACAGCAGGUGGCAAGUUCUUUUGGAUAGGAAGGAUGACCAACCACAACUAUAAUUUCCUACAAAAGGGCUCACACAGCGACAGGAACUGGGUAUCUGCACAUUUCCCAUUCUUGUGUUGAUAAAUUUCAGGUCUUGUUGAAUGGGGGUGUGGUGGUAAGGAAAGAGCUUCUCCAAUCCAAAUCUGCCCCUACUCAUACACGCACACGGUCUCUGAGCUGAGUAGAAGUGGGAUUUCAGACGUAUUAAGUGCACAAAAAGGGGACUGCUCAGGAGACUGCAGCUUCCUGAAUAAUUCAGACUGAAAUAAGAGGUGAAUAUGUUUUCUUGUGGUCACUGUGGCAAAUCCGAGGCAGAGUAGGACGUGGGACCCCUCCAAGCCUAGGGUCUCUUUCUCCAAAUCACACAACUGCCCUUGGCUGCUCACCAGUUCAAGAUGGACUGCUGCCAAUAUUUUUACAAGUUCUGUCAUGUUGUUGUCCUGCUUGUUCUUCAUCUAACUGGGAAACUUCUGGGUAGCCAAGGCACGUAAAAUGUCCAAAUGGGACAUUUGGAUAGCAGUUGGUUCCUGCAGAAGGGGACUGGCUUGCAUGAAUCCAGGCAGUGGCAAUUAAUAGCAAAGGCUUAUUGCCUCUAGUUUAUGCUUCUUCAUUCCUCAAGGUAUCUCAGGGCUUUUCAAAAUAGGUUUGAAGUGUAUGCCACAAAAGAGCUGUGUUUGAGUCUCCUCUGUUUCUGGUCUGUGUCGUGGUUUUGGGCAAAUUCUAGAUGUGCAUUUGUUGAAAAUGGUAAAAACAGAAUGUCCAACACCUUGCAGAAUAUAAUCAGCCCUGGCCUUGUGUUUCAAUAAUCAGAGUACCAGCAAUACAAUACAUGAGAGGCCUACCCUUUUCUCCACAUGCCAUUGAACUGAAAAUACAUGCCAUUUUAGAAGAGCCAGAUCACAUAGCUAGACAAUGAAACAUAUCAAACAGCCAGGGUUACCCUGUGCCAGUAGCAUAAUAUUCACUUUCCCAUUCUCUCGCCACAGGUCAGAAUAGGCUUCUGCAAUGGGGCCCUUACAUGAUUUUUAUACAUUCCACCUCUGGAUCCCCAAGGAGCAGAACCAAGAGAGUCUAAGCAUUUUCCAGUGCCCUGUCAUUUGAGGAUCUGGCUGUUUCUUCCCAACAGUUCCUCCCACAGCGAGCUUUCCUGGGUGCAGAAUGCAGCUUUCCCUCUAUGCUGUACCUAGUCUCAACAGCAGCUACAAAUAAUGUUGGCAUCUGUCCGUCUCGAAAGACAAAUCCUGCUUAAUUAAAGAAGGAGGGUGUUUUGCUAUCAUUCCAGUUUUCCCUCUUUCCCUCUUUGGUGUUUUUGAGAUAAAAAAUCACUCCCUGCUUUCUCAGAAGUUGCAAGGUAAAUACCAUACAACUCUCUGAAAGGGAGAAAUGUUUCACCUCUCCUACUGUCUCAACCUUCUAGGAUGAUUCCUCAGUUGGGCAAGCUAGCAUUCUGCCUUCUCCCCUCCACUAGCCUUCCCAUAACUAGUUGGCUUGAGGCAGGAGGCUUAAUUUUUAUAGUGGCUUAACCCCACCCACAUCUGGCUCUACCAAUGAGUGGCAGGAGAUGGAGCCAGUUGUUGGCAUGCUACUGCCUCUAUUAUUAACCCUUUCUGAUAUGUUUUUCCUGGAUUUCUGAGUUUGACAUGUUCAGAUGGAGCUGUUCGAGGUGACUAUGGUUGUCAGCUUUUAAACUGAUCCAUGGUUGCUCUGCUCUUUCUUCUGAUUUCUACAUAUCAAGCAGCUUUUAAAGGCACUAAAACAGGCAAUGCUGUUGUUGGUUUUCCUGUUGGCAACCCUAAUGUUGACUUCUAUUUGCCAUUAGGGUUUUAAGACUGCUCUGAGGUGGUAUUUGACCUGUUGUACAGCCUACUCUCUAAUCUAGAGCUGUCUUAAUGGGCUUAGAUUUCCCAGUUUCAAAAUAACAAUUUUCCUGACUGUCUGGGGUGUGUAAGAAUUGCCUCCAGGGAACCAGUCAGAGAAGCUUUAUGAAAGCGGGUGAAGAUGGUCUGUAAACUGUACUACAAGUUUGUGGGCUGGUAACCUGCAGGCAUUUUGUGGGGUACUAUCUGUUUUGAACUGACUUAUAAGGCUGCUGUCCUCUUACGCUCUCUGACCUUUUGUACCUGAACACCAGCUGUAUGACAUCUGCACAUCUCUGCAGAAAAACUUGACCCGUUGCGGACUUUAGCACUGAUUCAGGUAGCCACUCUUUUCCUUUACUGAGAGUUGAAGAUCAACAGCUGAAGCUUCUUGGUGUGAGGCUGCAGUAUGGGCUAAAGCUUCACCUGAAGGAGCGUCUCCAUCCCCAUCGUUCUGCCCGGACACUGAGGUCCAGCUGCGAGGGCCUUCUGGCGGUUCCCGCGCUGCGAGAAGCCAAGUUUCAGGGAACCAAGCAGAAGGCCUUCUCGGUAGUGGCACCCGCCCUGUGGAACUCCCUCCCACCAGAUGUCAAAGAGAAAAACAACUACCAGACUUUUAGAAGACAUCUGAAGGCAGCCCUGUUUAGGGAAGCUUUUAAUGUUUGAUGGCCUAUUGUAUUUUAAUAUUUUGUUGGAAGCCGCCCAGGAUGGCUGGGGAAGCCCAGCCAGAUGGGCGGGGUAUAAAUAAUAGAUUAUUAUUAUUAUUAUUCACCUGGUAAUUUACUGCUACAUUGCAGAAUAUCCUGCAGCACAGCAAGGAUAAAAACAUUGGAUCAGCUCUGUUGGUAUUCAGAGGCAAUCUGCCUCCGAUGGUGGAGCAGGAACCUAGCUAGCAUGACUAAUAGCUGGUGAUAGUAUCUUCCAUGAUUUUGUUUGCUCCUCUUUCAAAAGCCCUCCAAUUUGAUGGCCAUCACAACACCUUUUCAGUCCCACAAGGUGGGACUAAGUCUAUAGCUUAACUUUGUGCAUAAUUUGACUGAGCAUGGGGAACCUCCUGCCUGGAGACCAAAUAAGACACUCCUGGUCCCCAGGACUCUCCCAAGCCAUGCCCCUCACCAGUGUGGCUCCAUGCCCUCCUUGAGUACUUUCGCCAGGCUGGAAGGUGUCUUAGCUGCGGAUGGAAUGCUUUCCUGGAUGGAAGAUGGAGAGAUGCCUCUAUGUGGAUGUGCUACAGCAGGGAUGGGGAACCUGGCGCCCUCAAGAUGAUGCUGUACCCCAACCAUUGUAUGUAUCCAUGACCAUUGGCCAUGUUGGGUGGGGCUGAUGGGAGUUGAAGUCCAGCAACAUCUGGAGAGCCACAGCAUCCCUAUCCCUGGUGCAUAGAAAACUUUGGGGUUUGUCUGGAAUGUAGUUUGCUGCACAAAAGUAAGAAUUGCGUUGAUUGCUCUGCCCAUAUUUGCUUCUGGCUCCACUCACUUUUUGCCUCUGCCCCCACCUGCCACUGACAAGCAGCCCCUGGAAGGUUGCUCAUGAAGGAAUAUGGCUCACCAAUGUAGUAAAGGUAGUCUUCCAGAUCAGUAGGCACGACUCCUGCCUUUUAGUUACCCCCUCUCUGGAAAUGUUGACCUGGUGCUGUAGAAUAAGGUGGGCGAAGCUCUGAGGUGGCAGGUGACAUUUAUGAGUGCUCCCCUCCAUAAACAGCUCCCCGCAAGCAGAAAGCUAGCACGGCAGCUGGGCUAAAUGUGCCAACUUUUAACUUGCAAAGACAUGUUUAUAUUGGGGGACGUUAUGAUCUCAUUCUGCUGAAUGUGUAGACCAAGGCUUUUGCCUGGGGGGGAGGGAUGGAUGUCAGGUGGACAAAGAUGGAUCUCCACAUGGGUUCUCCAGGGUUUUACAUGGCUUCGCUUCCCUUUAUACCCUUUCAACCAGUCUCUUGUACUUGCAGUCAGAGUGGGAAGAGGGUGUCCGCAUCCUCCCAUUCUUUACAAGGUAGGUGAAGCUGAAAUCCUAAUCCACCGUAGCAACUGGGAUUUCAAAACCAGGGGUGGGUGGGCUGCUGUUGUCUUAACUCCAGGAUGAUUAGCAAUGAGUUGACCAGGAUGUGAUCGGGUGCGAUGUUUUACAGGUGAAGUCUUUGCUUGACUACCCUCUGCAGCACAAAAUAAUUAAGUGUGCCUCAUCUCUGAGCUUAAUGAGGGGGUUUUGCUGACCUGACAAAGGCCCUGGUGAAAUAGGCAGGUCUUGAGCAUUGUCUUUGUCUUUAGCAAAUACCUUUGGCCCACACGGUCCCUGUCGUGGGGAAGGCUGUGGGGAAUCUCCUCUCUCUCUCUCCCCCUUAGUGAUGGCAUAACAAUGUCUUCCUUCCAUUCCAGGUGUAGGCUAGCGUGGCCGCAGAGUGGGUGUGAGCUCGCUGCACUGGACGCCACCCGGACCCCAGAAGAGAGACUGCUGGGCUAUGAGUGCCUGAAGGGAUCGUGCCCACUCUUAACGCCGCCUGCCGUGAGGUUUGCAGCCAUGAGCAGGUAG